UGAAUGCUAGUCAUGUGACGGAUCUUGUCAUCUGUUUGGGGAGCUGUGGAGCAGAAAUAUGCUAUUCAAAAGCUUUAUAGCAAUUUUUUGCUUUUCUUUUGUUCAUAGUGAUGGGCCAGUUCGGAGUAUGACCACAUUCUUUAACCCUGGCUGUGAGUCACAGAAAUGUGAAGAAUGUAGUCCUGGUCUUGCUUACAUUGUGUCCAAGGGAGAUAAUGACAUUCUGCACUAUAUCAUAUCAGCAAUAGGGGGUCCACCUUCAGCACUAGUAAUUAAGACUAACAAACCAAAAGGCAAAUUCCAGCUUCAGAUUGACUGUAAAAAGAUUGCUUCUAAAAAUGAAACAGAAAGAAGGGAAGCUAUAAUCAAACCAGAUGGUGUAAAGGAGCUAUAUUCAUUUGGGGUUGUGUUUACAAGGCUGUUCCAGUACAAUGACACCGCUGACAAAGCCGAUAUAAAUUACUACAACAUCAACAGCACUGCCUGGAGAGUGUAUGACUUUGACAAGUUUGAGUGGCAGGAUCUAACUAUGUGGUCAUCCAAUGAUUUCAUCGUGAUGAAGGUCAAAACUAGUGGAGAAGUGAUGGAGAGGGCUUUUUACAAUGAGUCUUUAUUGCUACAGUUUCACUUGUUUGAUCACAGUGACAGAUCUACAGAGUUACCCCACCUUCAGUAUGAUGCCGAGUCCACUCAGAUUGAUUUUACCCUCCAGGACAUAGACACAGGGAACUCCUCCUCAGCUCGGUGGGGUCUAGAGGCCGUCCUCAUAGGGCAGGACUCCACAGACAAACCCAUGUCCAUCGUCACUAAGAAGUCUGUAGAUGAUGAGUACACACCUGGAGUCUUUCAGGUAUCUAACUGGUUAACUCGGCCAGGGAAUGAGGACAAUGGAGGCUAUUUACAAUGGAAGCCUGUUUGUUACUUAAAGUCUGCCAGGGCUCGCUCAGUAGCCACGAAAGUUGACACCACUGGACUCGUAUAUACUGAAUAUGUAGAUGAUUUCCUGAAUAACAGCAUUUUAUAUUCAUAUUUCUCCGAUAUUCAGAUGGUAUCAAGAUAUGCAACAAAUUUCACAUUUGGUCUGGAAAAAGAUGGUGGAUUCACUAAAACUAACUAUACUUCUUGGACUGCCCAGCUUGGCUAUGGUGCCCCUCCCAUGGACAAAGUUUCCUCCCUAGUGGUGGGGGUGAUAUCAGCGGGGCUAGGGAUACCGGUCAUCAUCAUCAUGUUUGGGGGACUGUUUGUGGUCAUCAAGAAGAAGACUGCCAGGGGAGAGUAUGCUGAUUUAGACAAAGAUCAGUCAACCAUACAGUGAGAGAAAAGAGACAAAGUCAUAGAAAUUUUCCAAAAUACUCCUGAACAAAAUAAUAUCUGGUGCUCAAACGAAAGUGUGGAAACAUUUACAAUGUUUUGUUUCCUUUUUAUCAUUGUAUGUGAGUUUUAUUUGAAAGAUUGUUUAAUAGAAUAAUUGAAGAGCUGAAAAUGUUAAUCACUACCAAGUGUAGGGAAAGGUAGAAUAAUAUAUAAAACCAUAACGCUACAGUUCUGCAGCUGUACUAAGCCCAUCACUACUUCAUUCAUAACUCUGCAUUUAAAUAUGCAUUUAUGAAUGGGUGAUAUGUGUUCUAAGUGAAUAAAUAUCUGUUCUAGACUUGUUUGAAUCCUCUAUUAAUUAGUUUUCUUAAGAUUUUAAAAAGGAUUUUUGAGAAUAUGACUAUGUAAUGUUGAUGUUUGUGUGAAUGCUGUAAGAGGAAAGUUUGUCUCUUGUGAUAUUUUUUUCUGCUGAAAUGUUUAUGUCAUUUUUUUCUGUUGAAAUGUUUAUGUCAUUUGUACAUGUUUGAACAUAUGUCACUCAUUAGUUAUUCCAUGUUCCUACAUGACGAAUCUCCAAUACAUGCAUAUUUUGUUUAGAUAUUGAGUAAUAAUAAUAAUAAAAAUAACAAUUUUUUUAACUUGAAGAAGCAUUUCUUCCAGCGAAUACAUAAUACAUACAAUUUAUACACAUUUAUAUGUUACAGGUAACUUAAUUAGAUUUUAGCUGUUAAUUUUUGGAAACAAACACAUUUUUUCUUAGUGCCAUAUACAUAUAUGCAAUACAUGCAACAAUUUUUUGUCUGUACAUGUAUCUUAAAAAUUGAACAUUUCAUUCAUUUGUUUCAUGCUACUUAGCUACCUAGUGAGUCAUGUCCCUUUAAUAAUUGCAGUUAUUAUUUGCUUAUUAAUUUUUGUGGAACUUGUACAGUUGUUGUAAGUUAAUAUUUUUUUUCAAAGAGAUGAAAGUGGUAUGUGUACUGUGAAUUGGUACCGGUAUGUGCAAAAGGACUAAACGCUGAGACAGAAUAUUCCAAUCUCUAGUUUCAUCUGUAUAUAGACUUGUGUUUUAAGUGCUUUUGAAUCAACAAAUAUCUAUAAAGUUUACAAUUUUUUGUUUUAUGAAAUGUCAUCUGUCUGAGCAUGACAAGAUGAUCCUGGAUGUCUGUGAUAUUUCCAUUACUAUGAGUGAGUGGUGCCUUUGAGGUGUCGACACUUUAAGAUGUAGAACUCAAGUUAUAAACUAGGUCAGAUGAUAAACCUGUAAACAGAGAUGUAUCUCUUAUAUUCUAAGUAUCAGCUAUAUACAUGUUGUGAAUAAAAGAACCAAUAAAGAUUCUCAAUGCUC